UCAUUUAAAUAUCCGAUGAACGCGAGUUUAUUGCGCGCGCGUGUCUCACGCACCAGGGAGGAAGGAGCUCAAAUCAGCAUGACCACUUACACUGACAAAGGGGAAAAGCAUGAACAGGGGAGGUUCAUCCGCUUCGACCACAUCACCUUCUGGGUUGGCAACGCCAAACAGGCCUCCUCCUUCUAUUGCAACAAGAUGGGCUUCGAACCGCUCGCCUACCGGGGUCUGGAGACGGGCAGUCGCGAGGUCGUGUCCCACGUCGUGAAGCAGGGGAAGAUUGUAUUUGUCUUCUCAUCCGCUCUCAAUCCAGGAAACGGAGAGAUGGGAGACCACCUGGUGAAGCACGGGGAUGGAGCCAAGGACAUCGCCUUCACCGUGGAAGACUGCGACUCCCUGGUCCAGAGAGCCAGGGAGAGAGGUGCCGUCGUCGUGAAGGAGCCCCACGCGGUGGAGGACGAGCACGGCCGGGUGAAGAUGGCCAUUCUGCAGACGUACGGCGACACCACGCACACCCUGGUGGAGAGGACCGACUACAAGGGUCUCUUCCUCCCCGGGUUCCACCCGCCGCUCUUCAAAGACCCCCUGCUGGACAAGCUGCCCAGAGGGAAUCUGGAUUUCAUCGAUCAUGUGGUGGGGAAUCAGCCGGUCAACGAGAUGGUCCCCGUGGUGGACUGGUACCUGAACAACCUGCUGUUCCACCGGUUCUGGUCGGUGGACGAUAAGCAGCUCAAGACGGACUUCAGCGCCCUCAACUCGAUCGUGGUGACCAACUACGAGGAGACGGUGAAGAUGCCCAUCAACGAGCCGGCCGCGGGCAGGUGCAAGUCCCAGAUCCAGGAGUACGUCGAGUACUACGGAGGUCCGGGGGUCCAGCAUAUCGCCAUGAACACGUCCGACAUCAUCGCGGCCAUCCAUAACUUGAAGGAACGCGGCAUGGAGUUCAUGACCGUGCCGAAUACCUACUACGAGCAGCUCAGGGAGAAGCUGAAAGUCUCCAGAGUGAAGAUCGCGGAGGACCUGGUCGUGCUGCAGGAGCUGAACAUCUUGGUCGACUACGACGACAACGGCUACCUUCUCCAGAUCUUCACCAAGCCCGUGCAGGACCGGCCCACCGUGUUCCUGGAGGUCAUUCAGAGACACAACCACCAGGGUUUCGGCGCCGGGAACUUCAAGUCUCUGUUUGAGGCCAUCGAGGCCGACCAGAACGCCAGGGGCAACCUCACCGUUCUGAGCCCCGACGGCAGGUCCGAAGUCCUCUGAGCCCUGGCGCGGCGAUGGCAUCGACUAUUCGCUUGAGACCCGAUCCCCGACCGACACCGGCCCUCGAAACGGCCCCCGGCACGGAAGGACGCUUCCGGACUCGAUCGACAAGCGUCUGUCAUGUUGCAGAAUAACAAUUGAUGAGCGGAUGGGGGCCUAAAAAAAUCAUCACUUGUACUCAAUGAAUUAUUUACAUAUAUGGGGGGGGGCAUAUUGGAUUUGACUGAACACUGUGCCCCCCCUCCCUCAUACCUAAUGUGUAAUGCCUUUACAUCCUUAUUCAUUAUUCAUGUUUCAAACAGAUCAAACUCGUACUGAGUGCAGCGAAGAGCAUUUUGUCAUAUUUGCAUCUCCUACAUAUCGUGCAGAACGGCAGAAAAGCACAAGAAAAGUGCAGAUCGUUCAGCAAAAGUUAAGGCCGUAAUGGCAAAAUGGAGCUUUUCGGUGUCGGCAUUUCUUCAUACGUUUUCAGUUUACCUUUUGUGCUCAAAGAUGUUUUUUGUUCCAAAAAGUCAAUCGUGGAGGGAAGAAAAAAAAAAAAAAA